CGCAUUCGCCCGUGGCCUUCUUCCUCCUCGACCUUCGUUUUCUUCGCAGUUCUCUUCUCACACCGGCCUCUUCACUGAAUCGGAGCCAUCCCCAGAAAUGGAAGAUCCUCAAGGCCACAGCCAACCGGAGCCUCCAACGUCCCCCACAUCACAUUCCCAAUCUCAGUGCACAUCCACCACCUGCGCCAAGUGCGGCGGUCCGACUAGUUUCCCUCCGCCGCCUCAAGGGUCCUGGUCCGAAGUGUCCCCUCCGCCAGUCUACCGCCCGAUUCGCGCUCCGGCGAUCAACCUUCCUCCGGCGAACCAGUCCCAAGCUAUAAUGCUCGCUCCCGUUCCUCAACGCCGAAGCGUCCCCGUCGUUUCCCCUCCUUACGAAUUCCAGCCCCCUUCGAAGAAAAUCCAGUCCCCGGACGACAUCCGGCGCUUCCAUGACUCUGAAUCGGGGAAGAACUUCAUCGGUUUCGUCGUUGCUCUCUCUGAAGCCAUCCGCAGUCGCAAACUUUCCGAUCCGUGUCAUGUCUCCGAUACUGUGAGUUCGAUUGUCUCGACGCUCGAAACCCUAAUUCAGUGGAUUGAGGAAAUACCUCCUCUUCAACAGGCGGCUCGAUACGGUAACGUCUCUUAUCGGACAUGGCACGGCCGUUUGGAAGAAACCUGUGAAUCCUUGAUGCUGCGGUUUUUGCCCGAGGAGCUCACAUCGGCGAUGGUCGAGAUCGUUCCUUACUUCAUGGAUAGCUUCGGGAAUUCCAGUCGUAUUGAUUAUGGAACCGGGCACGAAACCAAUUUCGCUGCCUGGCUGUACUGCUUGGCGAGAAUGGGGAUUCUUAAGGAAGAGGAUUAUCAAGCUGUGGUGGCUAGGGUCUUCGUCAAGUAUCUCGAGCUUAUGAGGAAGCUUCAGCUGGUUUACUGUCUUGAGCCUGCUGGUUCUCAUGGCGUCUGGGGGCUUGACGAUUAUCAUUUCCUGCCGUUUAUUUUUGGAUCUUCCCAGUUGAUUGAUCAUAAGUAUAUGAAGCCGAAAUCCAUUCACAAUGACGACAUUUUGGAGAACUUCUCCCGAGAAUUCAUGUAUCUUUCUUGCAUUGCCUUUAUCAAGAAGGUGAAGAAAGGGCCGUUUUCCGAGCACUCGCCUAUGUUGGAUGAUAUCAGUGGGGUGCCUAACUGGAACAAGGUGAAUAGUGGCAUGCUGAAGAUGUACAAGGCCGAGGUUCUGGAGAAAGUGCCGAUCAUGCAGCAUUUCCUGUUCGGGUGGCUGAUUAAAUGGGAGUAAUCUAAUUCUCUUGCACCGAAGGAUGGACCACGUUCUUCAUUCCUCGCCAUGUUUGAGUGGAUGCAAGAUGGUGAAAGUGCUUUCCCAUAUUACCAUUGGCUCACUUUCACUUCUGUGUCUAUUGUGUUUUUGACUUGGUUGUAUGACUCUACCAGCGUUAGGAAGAGAACAUUGCCUAAAUGCUUGGUGUAAUAUUUGAGUAAAGGAGAAUAGGAGAUGGACGAUCUGACGAGGUUCCUUUCUCUUGAGAGGAUAAAACAAGUGGUACUUUGCAGUUUGCUGGCCUUGCUUUCUUUCUUUCAUCUUUUGUUCUCUACUUCCUCUCUCUCUCUUAACUGUAGGAUGAUCUUUGUAUUCCACCCAUGAAAGAAACAACAGUUACAAUUUUAGAGAAGAUCAGAGAAGAUAAGAAAUUAGAUAUAGAAUA